ACGUGCUGCCGGCGGCGGUGGAAGCCACGUUUUCGGCUCAUUUGUUCUUUUCGCCGCCCCAGGCAUGUCUUGACAUAGCUGCGAGAGCCUGCCGUUUUCGUAGACUUCCGACGGAUGUCUGUGGCCGUACCGUCAGCGUUUGGGGCUUGAGACUCGGUAGCGUAUACCGGUGCGAGCGUGUGUGAAAUUCCCAUGAUCGGAGGCUGAAGGAGGAAGAACUGGAAGAAAGGAGGAGUUGUGUUGGUUUUUCUUCUUGCCGGGUCAGCCCUCCUGGAUGGUCGCAUUACUCUCCCGUGGACACACUGUCAAGAGCGUACAGAGAAAGAGGCUUGAUUAUUUUUUUCCCGCGAUUGGUUUUCGUCGUGAUCGUCGUGCAGAAAUAACCACUUUUCUCCCAGUUUGCUGGUCCGCACUGAGGCAGCGGGAAUAUGCUCAUGAAGGAGUACCGGAUCUGUAUGCCUUUGACAGUUGAAGAGUACAGAAUUGGACAGCUGUACAUGAUAAGCAAGCAUAGCCAUGAGCAGAGUGACCGAGGUGAAGGUGUGGAAGUGGUGCAGAAUGAACCCUAUGAAGACCCAAACCAUGGCAAUGGUCAGCUAACAGAAAAACGCGUCUAUCUCAACAGCAAACUGCCUAGCUGGGCUAGAGCAGUUGUUCCCAAAAUAUUUUAUGUUACAGAGAAGGCUUGGAAUUAUUAUCCUUAUACAAUCACAGAAUACACAUGUUCAUUUUUGCCUAAAUUCUCCAUUCAUAUAGAGACAAAAUACGAGGACAACAAAGGAAGCAACGACACUAUUUUUGACAAUGAAGCUAAAGAUCUGGAGCGAGAAGUUUGCUUUAUUGAUAUUGCCAGCGAUGAAAUUCCUGAGCGCUAUUACAAAGAAUCAGAGGAUCCUAAAUAUUUCAAGUCACAGAAGACUGGGAGAGGCCAAUUAAAAGAAGGCUGGAGAGAGACCCAUCAACCAAUUAUGUGUUCCUACAAACUUGUGACUGUGAAAUUUGAAGUCUGGGGACUUCAAACCAGAGUAGAGCAGUUUGUACACAAGGUGGUCAGAGAUAUACUAUUGAUUGGUCACCGGCAGGCUUUUGCCUGGGUUGAUGAGUGGUACGACAUGACAAUGGAUGAAGUCCGAGAGUUUGAACGAGCAACUCAGGAAGCUACCAACAAGAAGAUUGGGAUUUUCCCACCUGCAAUAUCUAUCUCUAACAUUUCCAUGCCUUCUUCAACCCGCAGUGCUCCAUCUAGUGCUCCAUCAACUCCUCUCUCCACAGAUGCUCCUGAAUUCCUAACAGUUCCCAAAGACCGACCUCGGAAAAAGUCUGCUCCAGAAACUCUCACUCUUCCAGAUCCAGUGAAAAAAAACCUUUAAAUUAACCCAGCAUGUUUCCUCCUGAUAAGCCAUGUCUACCACAGCAAGAGUGAUGUAACUCAAUUUCUACAAAGGUCAUGGUGGUUUGUUGGUUGUUUUUUUGCUUAAAAUAAUCUUACUGGUGUGGAAAGAUUACUUCUUUACUCAGACUUGAUCCUUAAAACCUUCAGAGAAGUGCAUGCAAGAGAACGUCGUUUAUAUAUUCCUAAAGUAGUGUUUCAAGCCAUAUGGUGCAUCUUACUGACAUACAGUGAAAUAGUCUGAGGGGAACCCUGUAAAAGAAAAUAAAUCUUUCUGUAGCAGUAUUCUACCUACAAAUCUUCAUCUAGGUCAUAGCAUUUAUAAUUAGGAGUAGGUAUUUAGUAAAGCUGCCAAGGACUUCUGAGGCAAAUUAGUGCCAACUAGAAUGCAGGGUUAACAGGAAAAAAACCCUCCCAUUUUCUUCUUUUAUAGCCGAUUUUAAAAUCCUUCCUACUCUCAGGCUUCUCCUGUGUAUUCAUCAACCUUUGACCUGUAACUCAUUGUACUUGAACACCAACAGCAAUCACUCAGAUUCACAUUUUGCUUAAUAUGACUCAGGAUUUGGGGCCUAGCUAACAAACGCAAAACUUUUCAAACCUAAAAUAUCACUGUAUUGAAGCCCCAAUUGUAAUUAAUUAUACUGACUUUGAGGCCAUUGAACUAUUUCUAUCUUGCACAGAAUUUGUAAAAGAAACCACCUAUUUCUUGUAGAUAAUGUAUUUUAAUAGCUCUCCCCUGUCCUUUUGUGAUCUCUUAAGUCUGUAUUGGUGUUCAUCAAUGGUAUUCCAUGUGUAAGAUUGAAAAAAAGCAGCUAAAUUGAGCCAGUUGAGAAGCAAAACCAAUGAAUUCUGUCUUUUCCUCACUGGAAGAAGAGUGUAAGUAAGACCUUGAAUGUAAAGGAAAGGAAAUACGAGACUCCUUUUUCUUUCCUGCCUCGCGUCUUUCCCAAACAGCACGAUCUCUGCUAACAGAAAGCUGCUGCCGGGCUUUACCAUCGUCUAGGGAAGGGGUGAACAAAAUCAGUCACUUUAAAAAGCAAAUGAAUCGUGGGGCUGCUCAGUCCUGUGUAGGGUGACGUUAAGGAAACAGAAGUGCUCCUCCUGGUCUGCAUGUGAAAUCACUCGUCAAUCUCAGGAAUUAAAAUGUAGAAAAGGAUGUUUCCUGGUAGGGAAAUGUAGAUUGUGGAAGGAGGAGAAAAAUAAAUGGCAGAAGUGGUCUCUUCCUUCCUUUUCAAAAUGUAAGUGCAGUGAGAAACUUUCCCCACUGACCCCCAUUUGGGGUACUUUGUUCUCUUUCAUACAAACUGCUAUUUAAUGAAUGCUGUCAGUGUCUGUCUCUGUCGGUAGCUGUAGCAGACGCUGUUCAAUUCCCAGUGAAUGAUAGCUAUUACCUGAAUCAUAUGAUCAAAGGGGGUGAUAUUUUGUACCACUGGUGACAUGGUAUGUGGAUAAAAAAAAAAGAGGGUCCUCCAGAGCUGAACUGUCAUUGAAUGUUGAACAAUCAGUUUGGGGAUGGCCUUUUACCUGGAUGGAACGUUUGUGCCAUCUUCUCAGCACAAUGCUGUGAUUUGACUGGCUUAAAUGCACUGACCUUCUCAAUGGCUCUAGAUCCAGCAGAAGCGAUGUUGAAUGUGUGAUAUUUAUAGGGUAGUUUUAGUGGCAGGAGAGGUAAUUCCACUGCCAACCUGCGCUGAAAACAAGUGUAUAUUUGUUUGAUAGUUAAAAUUCUGUAGCUAGCAAAAUCUGGGAGCUCUUUGUAGGUUAGCUGUGGUCUGCCUUCAUGCACUCUCCCACUUACUGUCCAUGUUUUGCUUUGCUUUUCUUCUCAGAGCUAGUAAUUCUGUGUGAUCAGUAUACUAAUGGGUGAUGAUUUUUUUGUUUAAAAAGAAGCCACUGUAAUGAUGCAAACAAAACUUUCCUACAUUAGUUUAUGAUUUCAGCUUAAAAAGUGUGCAGAUUAAGUAUUCAUGAUUAUAACUGGUCUAAUCUUUUUAUUAUUACUUAUUUAGAAGCAAGAUUGGAACAUUGGCAGAGAAGGGAAACCCUUGAAAACAUAAAGCAUUGUUUGGUUGUUUUUUUCAUUUCCUGAAUUUGACCUAUAUAGAAAUGGUUUAGGUCUGCUCCACCUGAAAAUCUAUUUUUCAAUUAAUUUUUUCUUUGUCAAAGAAGAAUUUGCUCAGCUCUAGUCAUAAUGUCCUUGUGCUUACAUAUUACUUAUAUACGUUUUGGCAUCUGGGUUUGACACAGAUUAUUAGACCAAAGCAGUCAUACCUUUACUCAUAUUUAACUGACUGAUUUCCAAUCCCAUGUGGAUACACUGAUUAUCAUAUUAAGUAAGUUUGGGGAUGAGGCAUGUAUGAAAAUUAUUGACAUACCUGAAUAGGACACAUCUUAAUAGCUGCAUGACAGAGAUGUAGGAGAAAGACACUGGUCGUGUCAUGGAAAGAAUGGCAGACUGCUUAAUGCUGUGUCUCCGUCUGCACGUGCUGCUGCCGUAGCCCUUCCACCGAGCAGUGCUGUUCUCGACGAUUACCAGAUUUAUUGACCAAACAGCCUGAAUUCACCGUUGGCCACAACAAGGAUCACGAUCAGCCACAUUGCCUCCACGUUGCUUCCUAAUGAAGGCAAAUAAAGAGAUCUGUAAUGUUUCAUUGCUUUGGAUAAGAAAUACCCCAGGCUUUUUGUUGCCUAUGUAAGUACCCUCUGCUGUGUUCUGCUUUGCCUUUUUCUGUCUGGUUGGGGUUUGUUUGUUUGUUUUUUCGGGUAGGAUAACUUUUUCUAGAAUAUUCCCAGCAAACACAAAAAACCACACAAGAUUAAAUGAAAAGGAAGGUCUGAAUACUUCAGUAGAACAUCUUGAGGCAAAGGGGUUGUUUUCAUUACUGAUUUUUUCACAGUGCUUUCUGUUGUAUUUUCAAACGUUUAUUAGGAGAAAAAGAGAGAGCGUUUUGCAGGUGUUCAUCACUUCUUUUGCAAAAAUAAACGAUGUGAUUAUUUAGUGAGUACAUCUUUAGAGCAUGGUGCUACACAGCAAAGCUGAACAGGCACAAUAGCCGCGUUCCUAUUCUCUGCCACAGUGACUGAAGAAUUACAUGAUACAGCUCUGCUGGGACUUGACAAGGAAUUUUUCAUCAAGGAGAAUACAGUUCAGAGCAAAUAACGUGAUUAGUUUGUUUGGGUUUCUAUUAAAACCUCCUCCCAGCUUUGCUCAUACUUCUAUGUAUUUCAUAUAGAACAAUCGUUACAAAAUAACUGGCAAUUCACUGCAGUCUUUAGAAGGGUAGAUCUCCUAAUCAAUUAAAAAGGGGAGGUGUCCAUAAAGACUAUGCGGAGCAGCACAUUCCUGAAACACAUACUUCAUGGGAUUUCUUAUGAAUGUAAUGGUUAAUUCGGUAAAUGACUGGAUAAAUCUUAUGGAAAGAAACUAUUUGACAUUAUUCUUUGGCUUUUUGAUUUUGUGACAUCUAGUAGCCAAUUUGCAUUAAUUGCUGCUGUAGAGAUUUUGUAUUUGUUCCUUGAAUUUUAGUUUGUAACAAGACCGCUACAUUUUGUUAAAACUGCUUUGAAGCUUGCUGCACUAUAACUUCAAAACAAUGUGCUAUCAUUUGAAAUAAGCCAAAUGUAUAUGCUUUUUAUGAAUUAGUGAGUGCAGUAAGAGAGAAUUCAUGAUCUUGUCAAUAGGAGCUUUUCUGUUUUCAUUGUUUGGACUUGGUUUAAUAUGUGUAAGUUAAAAUUGCUAAGUCUAACAAUGUUUUGCUUUAAAUGAACAGCAUGGUCAUUGAAUUACAAUCUCCUGUAGUUUUGUGGUGUCACUAAAACAGGUUUCAUUGUUUUAUUUCAUUUCUGUGAUAAUUCCACGUGACUCUGAAUGUCCAGUAAUUCAUUUUUUUUAUUUAGAGCAAUCAUGGCUACAUUAGGCAAUACAUCACUACCAUCAAAGAAGGACCAAGUUUUGAAAUGCUCUGCAUGUUAAAUAAUGCAAAGUUCAGCAGAGGAAUUUGAUUGUCAUAUUUCUCAUUCAUAUCACUUAGUUUCUGAUUUUUCCAAGUUAUUUAUUACUUUUAAUAUUGUAUUUUUCCUUGCAUUUUGUUGUAAAUAAACUACCAACAAUUAUUCUUUACAA